UCGCUCUGAGUGCAGACUGCAGGCGCGCAGUACACGUUCGUCCGGCUCCCGCGCUCGCGGUCCAUUCGUCGCCCAUCGUUUCGUUUGUCGUUUCCCGGUGUUUCUCGUCUACAACCCUUCCGAUAUCAUCCACAACCCUCUCAACAACAACGAAUACACCACGUACUCUGCGAGCGAUCUCUUCGUGUUUUCCGCUUGUUCUGAAAGGUGUGUUUUCGCGUGAUGAUCGCCGACAGUCCAGCAUCAUCAUAUCGCGGGCGUUAACGUCAUCGUAGGCGAUGGGCCAUCAAAGUCGGUAUCGGUCAGUCCCAGGGUUCGGUCUUCGUGAAAUGUACCCGACCAACGGGGCAGGAGUGGCCUGCAAGAUACAUUUUUAAUAUCAUUUUGCGCACGACGACAGAGCACAGCACAGCACAGCCAUGAGCACAGUGGCCGCGAAAGACUUUGUGACGGUCGUAUCGGUGGACGGUGGUGGCCGAGGUGGAGUUCAGACGGUUGAAGAUUCGUUUGUCACCGUGCUGUCCAUCGGAGAGGACGUUGCCGCUACGGACGGUUCGAUCUGCAGCACCGCUGAAGAAGUACUUGUCUAUCGUCUGCCCGGCGAGCGAUUGGGCUUUGGGUUGCGGUUUGACGGCGUGGACACUUGCAACCGGCUAUUCGUCCAGUCAUGCGCCGACGGCAGCCCUGCGUCCCGCACUCAGGCGUCGUGGGGACCGCUGGCCGCCGGCGACGAAAUCGUCCGGAUCAACGGACGGCCGGUGAAUAGGCUGAGCCGCGACGAUUGCGUCCGAUGCCUCAAGGAGUCGGGGCUGGUAGUUAAGCUGCACAUGGUCGACGGUCGGCUAGCCGUAAAGGCACCGCCGCCCGUACCUCCCCGGAAACAGAAGAAACCGGAACCUCCCCCGCCGAUCGCGUCGUCAACUUUGUAUACAGAUGCCGUCGAAAAGUUAUUCGUUUAUCACGGCGAAUCGGAAUCGGACGACACCAACAGUAGUGUUUCCACGGUGGUGUCCAAGUGUCCUGCCGAAUUAUCAGUCGGUGAAGACUGUGACGGCGUGUUGAACGGCGGCAGUGACAAAAACUGUGUGCUGGACAGAGUUCUGGAGCCGUUCAUGCAGCUGGAACGUGAGUUUUCGUCGAGUGCAGCCAUUGGCGAUGACGUUGGCCUGUACGAGAAGUUGGUGGCCGUGGCCGAAGAGGACCGACUGCCACCCAAACCGCUUCCUCGAAAGGAAGUGCGGCCACCUAAGAAGAAGCCACCGCCACCUCCACCACCGCUUCCUUCGUCGCCGCCGCCGCCAGCUUAUCGGUUGCCGCCCAGGCUUGUGGAUUUCGUGCACAAAGACGAACCGCCACAAACAUUCGUCGACACACCUGCUGCAGCCGAUGAUGACGACGUUUUCGCAAUUGUCACCGAUACGAUUACGAUGCCAACGAGUGAUGAAGAAAUAACAACUGCAGAACAACACAAUCUGAAAAAAGAGUGUGAUGCGGCUUUGGAACGACCGGAGAACCUGACGCCGAGCUGUAAACCAGAUCAUUUAUACAGCGACGGCGGUUGCGGUGACGGCGACAGAGGAGGAUCGAUGACAAUGAAGUCGACGCAUACGGUGGCUGCGGAACCGUCCAGUAGAACGGACUCGGAAACGGAUUCGGAUGGUUCGAGAAACUUUAUUACGACGAUGACACCGAAAAGAACCACUUCGGGCAGGACGGACGAGGUGUGCAACCGGAGCGUGCGAGAUAAAAUAGCUAUGUUCUCACGAGCCACGGCUACGGCGGCGGGCGGGGAAAAAAAAGAUUCAUCAUCAUCAGCUUACUCGACGGCCUCUGCAGACUCGUCUCCGGCAGCAUCUCCAAAGGCUGUGGCGUACAGCACUCUACAACGCAAACCACCACCUCAACGCCCGCAACAGCAACAAUAUUCAACCACGGCGAGCCCGUCGUGGAGCGCACCGGUGCAGCAGCAGACUGCAGACCAUCGGCGGUCUCAGAGUCUCGUCGAGCAACCCUACAGCAAGUACUUCAACACGAUGAACGCGUACGCGGAAAUGGGACGGUCAUCGUUGAACGCUUUGAUUGAACAACGUCGGCGAAGCAUGUCCAAGCUCAGAGGAUUGGUGAUACCGGAGAAAGUGGUGCCGGGGUCCGGAACCGGUGUCGGUGUCGGGGACGGCACAGUUAGCGGCGGCAGCACAGACGAGUCGCAGCUGCAUCCGGCUGCGAUUCCCGAUUUACCGCUGGUGAUCAAAAUCCCACAAUCGGAAAACGAUGACGACGACACGGACGCCGCUGUAUUAUGUCCACCCAUCAAGACGUACGUUAACGAACCUGCAAAAAUAACGGUGACAAGACGUGUUAACCCGGUAUUGCGGCAGUCAUUUAUGGUCGUCCCUGUGCUGACGCCGGCGUCAGUGACGGAACAACGUCGUCCGUCAUCUGCGUCCAGUUCACCGUCGUCGUCGUCGUCUUCCUCAUCUACAUCGUCGUCGUUGAACUCAAGCAGAGAGGAACUCAGGCACAUACAUGACGAACGACCGCUGUCAUCUGACAAGUCGUCUAAUAAGGGUUCGUUUAAAGCAGACAGUGAUGAAGACUCGGCGCUCAGCUCUAGUCGAUCGAGUACGUCGCUCCAACAGUAUUCUCCCGCUUCGUCACCGUCACUUGAAUCACAGCAGCAACAGCCGCCACCACUACCAUCAACGUCGCCGCCACCGCCGUCGACCACAAACAUGGCUAUCCCCAACCACAAUAACCCGUCUGCGUGUGACACCGGAAAACGUGUGCUGAAAGCCGAGAGCGUGGAGGCUAUCAACCGAAAAAACGUCCUCUGCUCGGCGAGGAUCAGCAGCGGCAAACCGGAACCUCAGGCAGUUUUGCCGUCAUCUCUCACCAAUAACUACGCGUACAAGACCGAAUACUUGCCGAACAACCAUCACUAUCACCAGCAUAAUCAUCAACAACAACAACUUUCAGACGGUCCAGCGUUGAAAUCAGCCAAGUCCGGGCCGGUGUUUGCCACCGGAACAGCAAUCAUCAAUAGGUAUACACACAACCGAAUGUCAUCAGUGGAGUCUACAACAAGUGACGAUUCUUCCAUGCAAUACGUAGUAAACGCCGAACCGUUCGGCAGCAUCAGCUCACUGGCGUCCUCCACCAGUCUGAUUUCACAACAGGAACUACAGCAACUCAUCGACGACGCCAAUCAAACUCUAGAAGAAAACAAUAGUGGUUGUAAUGGAAUUGCCGCAUUAACCACGAACCCCCUGCAAUCGGUCGAAGUGACUGUGGUUAUCCUGCACCGGGACAUGGCCACUAGUAGUGUGGGUAUCACGUUAGCUGGCGGUGCAGAUUAUGAAACGAAAGAAAUAACGGUGUAUAAAGUACUGGCUGGAAGUCCGGCUGAUAAAGACGGCCGCAUCCGAAAAGGCGAUCGCAUAUUAUCAAUAAACGGAAAAAGUAUGAAAGGAAUCACACAUCGAGAAUCAUUAGCAAUACUUAAAGCACCUAGGUCCGAAGUAGUGUUAGUAAUAUCUAGAUGCAAGUCAGAUACGAUCACUGAAUCUGUUGGGUUACACCAAUCUGCAGACCUCAUGACUUCAACCAAAAAUGAUGUCAUUGCAAAUAGAGUGUUUGGACCAUUAACUAAAAUAGUAUUAUCAAAAGACGGUUCUGGUUUAGGCUUUAGCUUGGAAGGUGGAAAGAAUUCACCAACUGGUGACCAACCAUUAACAGUGAAAAAGAUUUUCACAGGUGGUUGUGCAGAGCAAUGUGGACAAAUAUUAGCCGGAGAUGAAUUGGUUUCAGUAAAUGAUAUAGACGUGACUGGGAUGUCACGUACUGAAGCUUGGAAUUUAAUGAAGAGGCUAGUAAACGGAACUGUUACACUCUGUAUACGACAUGUAGUCUAAAUACUAUUAUACUAGCAUUAAGCAUAUAAUAUAUUUUUAUUGUUAUGAAAAUCUAAAAUUAUAUAUUGUAUCUUUAUUUAUAUCUAACUUAAAAAAAUAAUUUUUAAAAAAUUUGUUAUAUUAAUUGGCAAUAAAAUUAUUUUACCAUCUUUGUAAAAUACAA